AUGAUGCUCUCCUAUAUAUUCGCGAUCUUCUGCCUCGCGCCGUGCAUAGGGCCGCUAACGCGUGAGUCGCGUCCCACCCACCCGCGGAAUCUAUGUGAAGUGCAGCUGAGAGUCGCGCCACGUCACCCCCGAUAUCCCACGUCUCAGUCACCCCUAUACUUACAGAAGCUCCCUGCCCCCCACAUCCCGACCCGCGUCAGCUCCUGUGCCUGCAGUGGGCCAAGCCCAGCCUCGCUAUCCCCCCCCGGCUCACCCAUCCGUCUACACUCUGAUAAAUCCCACUCGCACCCCUCCUCACUCUACACCCCCCCUCACCACCCCUAG